CCGUAACAAAAAAAAAUUACAUACUUAUCAUCUGCUCAACCGGGCGAUCAACCAAGCUCAUCCCAGCCGCCCGACCACCAUUCUCGCGCGCGAAGCAAUUAACUGAUGAUGGCCGUGGGGAUUUGUCGCGUCGGCCCGGACAUUUUCCUAGCACGAGCCGGCGCUGACCUGAUCGCUGCACACAGUAACGUGUCCCGCACUCUAGGCAGACUUACAUAGCAGCUAGCUAGCCUGCGUCGUGCCAGGUUCUCGAUCGCAAGCAAUUUAACAAGCACUAGCUAGCAGGUCCGGGUGUCCGUGCAUCCAUGUCGAGCCCCGGCGCGGGGAGCGGCGCCCCGCCGCUGUACGACGGCGGCGGCGCUCGCCCGCUCACGCGGCGGCAGCAGGAGUACAGCUUCAGCGGCCGCAUCCUGCUCACGUCGGUCGUCAUCCUCGGCAUCCUCGCCGUCGUCUUCUUCCUCCUCCGGCUCCUGCUCUGCCAGUUCGUGGCGCGCGGCCGGGGCAGCCUGGCCGCGGGCGUCCGCCGCUCCUUGGGCAGGAGCGCCCGCCACGGGCUCGACGCGCCCGCGCUCGCCGCGCUGCCGGUCACCGCCUACCGCCGCAAGCCGGAGCUGCAGGCCGACGGCGGCGGCGGGCCCGCCUCGGCCUCCACCAGCGGCGCCGUGGCGUCGGGGGCGACGGAGUGCGCCGUGUGCCUGUCGGAGCUCGCGGACGGCGAGAAGGUGCGCGCGCUGCCGAGCUGCGGGCACGUCUUCCACGUCGAGUGCGUCGACGCGUGGCUGCGGUCCAGGACCACGUGCCCGGUGUGCCGAGCGGAGGUGCGGCCGGGCAAGGGGGCGGGGACCGGGGACGCGCGGCCGCCGCCGGCUCCGGCUCCGGCUCCGGCGUUGUUCGGUGCGGGGGGCACGUUGGUCGUGACCGUGGAAGGCGGCGUUGCGGUCGCGGAGACCAGUGACGGGCGCCCGCCCCGUGCUGCUGGGCUCCGCGGUCAACCGCCCGGGUAGUAGGUAGCUAAAAGCCCAAAAGCCACAUUGAAUCGAUCAGUAAUCGUACAUGUAAUUAGAAUUGCCUACUAGUACUUUGUAUAAUUGUAUUUGUAUUCUGCUUCUGCAAUGACAUCCUUAACGCCAAACGAUAGAUGAUCGAUCAUAUUAACCCUCGGCCCGGUUCGUAUUGUAAACGUAAAUAUAGUGAUUUGAGGCACUCCAACACUCAGGUGACUUAUUCCUUUGUUUCACCUAGUUGUGGUCAAAAUAAAAAACCAAGUGAAACAA